AACUCCUCACAUAUCACUUGCAUAAUUGCAUUUCCUAUGUCUUCACUCGAUGUGAGAGAGAGAGAGAGCUGAGAGCAAUGACGAUAGUGGUGGACAAAGUGCUAGAGGAUCAGGUAACCCAAGGGGUAAACGCUUUGGUCCAAACUGUAGCAUACAAUGUGAAGUUGGUUCGUGGCAUAGAUUCUGAGAUUAAGGAUCUCACCUCCGACAUCCAAACCUUUAGCGCCAGGCUUGUGGAAGCUUCCAAGAACUCAUGGGCCAGUGAUCACCACGUUCUGAGAGUUGUUGUGCAAAAAUUCAGAAACGUUGUGAAUGAAGCCCAGGAUACGAUUGCCGACUACGUUGCACUGAAGGGGAAGCAUGUAGACAAUGUCUUCUCAAAAUGUUUGGAUAAGAUUCCAUUUUGUGGAAAGAUCAAUGAUUUUGCGAGGGAGAUCCAGUCCAUAAGGGGUAACCUGGCUAAGAUUCGGCAAGAGCACGGACAAGAACUUCUAAACCUCAUGACGUACAAAAUCAAUGAACAAAACAAGGGUCUGCCAACUCUCCAGGUUCGUCCAACAGUAGAGAAAAACAUAUUUGGAUUUGGAAAGGAUUUGAAAAUCAUAAAAGACCGUUUCAUAGAUGCAAAGGAUAAUUUUAUUAUCAUCCCAAUUGUAGGAAUAACUGGAUCUGGAAAAACCAUAUUUGCCUCAAUGAUUUUCGAAGACCAAAAAGGCAUUCCUGAAAUUUUCAACAAGUACAUUUGGGUUAAUGUUUCACAAGGUUUUGAUAGAAAACAGAAAUUCAUUGACAUCAUCUAUCAAAUUAGGAGGUGUAGAGAAGACAUUAGCAUGAUGACUGAAGAAGGGUUGGCACGUGAAAUAUGUGAACUUCUAAAGGAUGAAAAGUACUUUGUUGUAUUGGAUGAUGUACAAAAAAAAAGAAGAUUGGGAUUCUUUUAAAGUUGCAUUCCCUGCAAAUUUGAAAGGAAGUAGGGUGCUGGUGACCUCUCCAUAUGGCAAUGUAGUUGAUUCUAACUGGAAAUCUCAUAAUUUAGGAAAGUUAAGCAAUGAGGAAGGUUGGUCGCUAUUGGAAGAUAGUGCUUUUGGUACACCGAAAUGCAAUGAGAAAUCAUUAAAAAAUCUGGGGAAAGAAAUAGCAAAUAAAUGCAACGGAUUACCACUAGCUCUAGUAGCGGUAGGUGGUUUGCUACGUCAACAUAGGAAUAUUGCUGACUGGCAACGGGUUGCUGAAAAUCCAUUUUUAGAAAUUAAUCGAGAAGGCCAAAUCUAUCGUUACAGAGUAAAAAAAACUUACAAUGAUUUGCCUGAUGAGAAGUUGAAAAAUUGUUUUCUAUAUUUUGGAUGUUUUCCCAUGGGACAUGAGAUUGCUGUUUGUAAGUUGAUUCAUUUGUGGAUUGCUGAAGAAUUCAUUCCAAAAAUAGAUGAGCAGGGUUAUGCUUUAGAUGCAGAAGUUGAAGCUCAAAAAUAUUUGAAUGAUCUGGUAGAUAGAAAUCUUGUGAUGGUGGUAGAACGAAGAAUAAAUGGACAAAUAAAAACUUGUUGUCUACCCGACACAUUGCAUGAGUUUUGCAAAAGUGAAGGUGCAAGGAUAAAUUUGUUUCAUGUAAUGGAUGAGACACAAAGAUUAGAUGAGAAUAUUUCUUCAACUCCUCAUGAGAAUAUUUCUUCUCGUCGCCUUUGUUUCCACUCCUAUACUAAUAACAAUUUUGAUGUCCUCAAAUCCUACAACCAAAAGGGGAGUUUAUGUCCAUUUGGCAAACAUAUCCGUUCUUUGUUGUUGUUUCCCUCACAAAACAGUGAGACAUUUUAUUUUACAAAAGAGGAAUUAGCAACCAUCCUAAACACCUUUCCGCUUCUUAGGGUGUUGAACAUUGAAUUCUUCAUCAAGUUUAAGUUGCUACCGAAUGAGCUUUAUAACUUACAUCUCCUUAGGUAUCUUGCCAUCAAAAGCAAUUUCGAUUCCCUCCCCAAAUUAUUCAAAAAUCUUCGUGCAUUGGAGACUUUAGUUAUCGAAACCACAUCAUGGACACUACAAAUUGAUGAAGGCAUAUGGAGCAUGAAAAAGUUAAAGCAUGUACACACCAAUACAUCUCUGCAAUUACCCGUUCCUCCAAAAAGAAGCACAACUAACUCUGGAGGAAACGACAUCCGCACACUUUCUACAAUAUCUCCAACAAGUUGCAUAAAAGAGAUCUUUCAGAAGACCCCUAACCUCAAAAAAUUAGGUGUUCGUGGGGAUUUAUCAGGAUUUCUAAAGGAACCAAGUUGUUCCUCAUUCGGAAGUCUAGAAUCCCUAGAAAACUUGAAGCUCUACGGCCAAUAUGAUAAAGUGUUAACGUUCCCAAGCGGGAUCCUAGAUGCACGUAGGCUAAAAAAGUUGAGCUUCUUUGGCACAUUGUUUGAGUGGAAAGACAUGGAAGUAUUGGGGUCGUUGGAGAAGCUUGAGGUGCUGAAGUUGGAUGACUAUGCAUUCAAGGGCGAGAAUUGGGAACUAAGCAAUCAUGUUGUUUUCAAACACCUUCAAUAUUUGCGCAUUGGAAAGACGAACCUAAGAAUUUGGAAGUUGGCCACAAAGAAUAGCUUCCCAGCUUUACGAAGUCUAAUCCUUCGAAAUUGUAGCUCUCUACAAAAAAUUCCAGAAGCUUUUGCUUAUGUUCAUACCCUUGAGGUGAUGGAAUUGUUUCACAUGAGUGAAAGUGCUGUUCAGUCUGCAAAAGAGGUCAAAGAAAAGCAGCUCAACAACUGUGGAUUCCAGCUCCUCAUACCCCCUAAAAUGGAGAAGGGGCCAUUGACGGCAUACACGGACACACUAAUCGAGCAAGCGGUAAACAGUAUGGUUCGAUAUGUAGAGUGGGCUAGUCUGUGGGGUGGUGGGCCUCCUAGCUUAUAUUUGAAGUUAAAGGAUGUGAGCUUCAAUAUCCAAAUGAUUAAUGCCAGGCUUCAGGAAACUUACACGAACCCAAUUGCAUCUGUCGAUGUUUGGAUGGUGAAAACCUUCCAAACUAUUGUGAAUGAAGCUAAGGGUGUGGCUCACAAGUACUGGCAUAUGGUGGUGUACUAUGAAGACAAAACCCUCACAAAGUUUUUGGAACCCUAUAGAAGAAAGGUCAAAUCUUUUGCAAGUAAGAUCCACUCUGUUAGAUCAAAGGUUACUAUGAUGAUUUGCCAACAACACGAAAUUGACCGUCACUCCCCCACCAUCAACCGAAACAAUGUUCUGCUAACUCUCCAGAUAGAGAGACCUAUAGACUUUGACAAAGUGAUUAAAAAAGUAGAGCACGCGGUAAACAAGCUAGAGGAUAUGGUAGGAGACAAUGUCCACCUGGUUUCUGACAUUAUGAAGUCUGAGAUAGAGGAGAUGACCUCUCAAAUCAAAACGUUUACUGGGAGCUUGCUGGUAGCUUGCAAGAGCCCACUGGCCAAUGAACACCGUGUUUUGAGAGUAAUAGUAAAAAAAUUCGAAACACAUGUGCAAGAAGCCAGGGAUGCGGUUCGCAACUACUUUGCACAGGAGAAGAAGCAUGGAUUGGCAAAAUCUUUUGAUAAGAUUCGGGUUUGUGGAAAGCUCAAUAAUGUUGCGAGUGAGAUCCAGUCCAUUAACAAUGAAGUGAAAACCCUUAGCGAAGACCACAAAGAAGACCUUCGACACCUCCAGGAGGACUACAACAAACGUAGUAGUGAUCUGCCACUUCCCAAGAAGGAUGGUGUGACACAUUAAUUGAAGAUCUUGGGAUAAAAAUAGCAGAAAAGUGCAAUGGAUUACCACAUGCUUUAGUACUGGUAGCUGGUAUCCUACGCAAUUAUAUAACUUCUGCUGGUUGGCAACGAGU